CGAAUCGUUACCAAUAUUAUGUUAGUUAUUACAAAAACUGUGAUAAUAUUACCCUACUGCAGAUAAGAAGAAAAUGUUCAUGCUUAUAAAAAGAGCCGGUAUCUAUGUCAGUGUCAGUCAUAUCUAAUCCAAGAUGGCGUAUAAAGUACUUGCGUUGAUCUGCCUUCAAGCUGUUUUGUUACAGCAAGCUUUAAGCUUCCCCACAUCGAAAAGCUCAAACGUACCAGUAACCACCAGCGUGGUUCCCAGCACAGUCCUAUCUGGUACCGCAUCUCAGCUGGUAGCUCCUGGCUUCUCGCCCAACUGGCCUGCCAGUGCCCAAAACGUGCCAUUGGUCACCGAGAUUCUCCCAAGUCUGCAGCUAGGAGAGAUGUCAGUGGACGGGGAAAUGCCAGUGGGUGGUAUGAUCAAGAUCUCUGGCACGUUCCCAGUUUUCGGCAAUAUCGCAGUAGAUGGCUCUGUGCCCUCACAUGGUACCGCUUAUGUGGACACCGCUAAUGUGUUCGCUAACGAGUGCGCUUGUUUUAAUUAG